AUGAUUGGUCUAGAUCAGACUAUCCAAGCUAGCCAGCAGGACGAGCUUGCAAGAUAUCUCGAUGGUGCCACCGUUUCUAGUAUUCUAAUACGAGCGUUCUGGAAGGAGAACCAGAUUACAUUCCCUGCGCUUGUAAAGCUCGCGCGUGAUGUGCUCUUAAUUCCUGCAACUGGCGCCGGCGUUGAGCGGCUAUUUAACACUGCUCGGGAUGUCUAUCACUAUCGUCGAGGCUCACUAAAUGCUACAACAAUCCAGGAGAUUAUGUUGUAUAGAUUCACUGUUCACCAUUCCCUCUACCGCUACUCCCUCUACCGCCACUCCCUCUACCGCCACUCCCUCUACCGCUACUCCCUCUACCGCUACACCUUCUACUGCUACUCCCUCUACCGCUACUCCCUCUACCGCCACUUUAUCUACUACCACAACGAAAAAUGA